AUGGACACGCAGACGACGGGCAAGUGCUUGGUCUGGCCUACGCACAGGAGCUUCUGUGGCCCGAACGCUUGGCCCGUCGUCUUCCCGCGCCUGACCCAGGAGGAAGCGAAUCACCUCAUUUCCACGCUCGAGACACCCAUCGCCCGCUACAUAGCUGCCGAAACAUGGCUGCAGACACCGGCGGUGGACAUGAUGAAGCAGCGCUUGGGUCGCCAGAAGACGACGGCCGAGAUCGCCGCUGACAUUCGCUCGGUGUCCGAUGGCGCACCCGCCGACGAAGUCGCAACAUCUCCUCAACGGUCGCAGACAAUCUUGCUCGUCGCUCGCAUGUUCACAGUGACUGAUCCCUCGCAGAGCACGACUAUCCCACAAGCUGUCCUCGCAACGCUCUGGCAGCUCGUCUUGGCGCUUGAUCAAUCGCGUCUGAUCGUUUCCAUUCCAGCGCACUACGAGUUGCGCGAAGCGCGUCUCCUUCACCGGAUCGCCUGCUACCAAGCUCUCGAAUGCAUGGCGCUGUCGAGGCCCUACACAUGGCAGCCGGACUCGAGCAGGAUGCAGGGCGCCCAGUCCUACCGGCGUCCGUGCUUGCAGGCGCUCAGGGCUUUCGCCAUCGAGGCGUUCGACGAGGUCUUUGCGUACAAGCUGAUGGUCGAGCUCGAAAAGUCGGCGCCUCAGACCGUCGCCAUCAACAGGUGA